AUGUCUGUCAGUAAAAUACCUAAUACGAGAUUGCACUGGUCAAGCUUUUCUGUGGGAAGUGAACAGAUCAGUUCAGUUAUGAGCAGAGACAGGUGGGAGGAAAUAAAGGUAAAUUUGCACCUUACUGAUAAUUCCCAAAUAGAUCCAAAUGACAAACUAUCAAAAGUUAGACCUUUACUCGAACACCUGAGAUCCAAAUUCAAAGAAAUCCCCAUGACUGAAUAUCUAUGUGUAGAUGAGCAGAUGGUACCUUUCAAGGGGAAUUCAUCUAUGAAACAAUAUAUUCCUAAGAAACCACAUAAACGUGGAUACAAGAUAUUUGUUUUGGCAGAUGAUAUGGGAAUGGUGUAUGAUUUCAUGCCAUAUGUUGGUAAAAUAGAGCCUGUAAAUAAUCCAAUUGUUCCAGAUCUGAAACCAAGUGCUAACUCGGUGCUCCAUCUUGCUGAGUCCAUACCCCCCUUCAAGAAUCACAAAUUAUAUUUUGAUAAUUGGUUUACCUCCCUCCCUCUCAUAGAUCACUUAGCUUCACGGGGUAUAUGGUGUAGUGGGACUGUUCAACAAAACAGAUUACAAAGCCUGACGUUCAAAUCAGAUAAGCAACUUCAAGCUUAUGGGCGUGGGUCUCAUGAUGAAUGGGAAACAGUGUAUGAGGACGGUAACAAAAUAACAGCUCUGAAAUGGUUUGACAACAAAGCAGUGCAUCUUGUAUCUACAUUUGCCACUUCAUUCCCAUUCGACAAGUGCACAAGAUUUGACAGAAAAAUAAAAGAAAGAGUAGAAGUUGCUAGACCAUUCAUUGUCAAGGACUACAAUACACAUAUGGGUGGGGUAGAUUUACAUGAUCAGCUGAUGGCUUAUUAUAGGAUGGCAUUCAGAUCAAAAAAUAUUACCAAAGGCUAA